AUGGGUCCCUCAUCAGCCAUUUUCGUUGUGUGGUCGCUCUUCUGCCUCAUCCACAAUGCCGGGGCAGCAAAAGAAGGCAUCGUGGGCUUUGGUAUCUCCUUGUACGAGGAUCUCUGCUGUCAAGCAUGUCACGAUUCACUGUCCACCCUCUGGCUGAAUUGCACGACGUUCAUGUCCAGCGAUGACAUGUCCGGUAUGGAUAUGAGCAUGAGCAUGGAUAUGGACAUGCCCAUGGGUAUGACCAGCGACGAAUGCUACGCCUCCAACACCCCGUGGCUCCAGACGAUGGCAUACUGCAUCCAGCAGAAUUGCAACGCCGACGGGUAUCCUGCAGCGAAACAGGCCAAAUGCUUCAGUAACCAAGCCGUCGCUGGGGCGUCAGAGCCGACAUUCCAGGACAGCCUUCCUGCCUCGGCUCCUACAGAGGAACUCGCGGCAGAUGCCAUGUGGCUCAAUGUCACCAGCUUGGUGAAUCGUGAGCUCUACUAUUCUACGCACGGAACUCUCGGCGAGUUCGCCAGAUCUGAAUACUUCCACACCAGAUAUUCGGUAAUCCUUUACUUUGUCGUCAUCGGCAUCUGCCUCAUCUGUGGCGCUUUGACGCAAAUCACAACCGUCUCUCCUGGACUUCAGAAACGACUGCAAACAUCCGGCCUCGUAGCAAAACUUCGAACCAACAUCUUUCUCCCUGCCCUUUUUGGGUCCCGGCGACUUGAGCCUCUCCCUGGGCGGGCAGGCUACCUCCCAAGCAGAACACUCAGCAUCUUCAUCGCCAUCUACGUCAUCUUGAAUGUUAUCUUCUCUGCAGUUAACUUCCGGAGCUUCCAACCGAAUAUCUACUUCAUGUCUGCGGGCUUCGAGUUUUGCGAAUAUGUUGGGAAUCGAACGGGCACUCUCAGCUUUGUCAACAUCAGUAUCGCCAUCUUAUUUGCAGGCCGAAACAAUCCCCUGAUUCCAUUGACCGGAUGGAGCCAGUCGACUUUCCUGACUCUGCAUCGGUGGGCUGCGAGGGUUGCCACCCUGCAAGCUAUCGUGCACUCUAUUGUGUACACAAUGGCGUACUGGCAGCCAGGAUAUGACGGGGCAUCUGCGUAUGCUGCGAAAGCAGCAGAACCAUUCUAUUACUGGGGAAUCAUCGCAACGAUAGCAAUGUGCCUCGCAACAGGCUUCGCAGUCCUACCGCUAAGAAUCAUGCUCUACGAAACCUUCCUGAUAAUACACAUCGUUCUCAUCGUCAUCACCUUGGCUGGAUGCUGGUAUCAUAUUAUCCCUCACUUCGGAUAUGAUUAUGGCUACCAGGUCUGGCUGUAUCUUGCGUUCGCCUUCUGGGGCUUCGACCGAGUUGCAAGAGUAGCUCGAAUCGUUUACCUUAACCGUCUAGGCGAUUCGAAGGCGGUCGUGGAGGCAAUCCCGAACAGCAACAUUAUACAAAUCACCGUCUUCCCGAGGGUGGGCUGGAACUUCGGCCCAGGACAACACUGUUUCCUCUACUUUCCUGGACUCGAAAAAGUCUGGGAGAACCAUCCCUUCAGCGUCGCGGCCUGGAGGAGGAAAGGCCAGCCGCUGCCCGUCGUGUCAACACGACCAAACAGCAAAGAAGGCGAUGUGAAGGAGACCUCCAAUGUCACCACGGUGCCUCAAGAGCCCGAAGUUCAGGAGUGCGUGGCUGUACGAUUCCUUGUUCGCGUGCAUUCUGGGGCUACUGCCGAGCUCCAACGGCGCCUUACGUCUUGCUCGCCGGGCAUCAUGGAAAUGAGCGUCUACACCGAGGGCCCAUAUGCGGGUCACAAGUCCACCCUUCAACCACUGCUUGCUACUGACACGGUCCUGUGUCUUGUUGGUGGCAUAGGUAUCACAAAUGCUCUUGGAUUUAUCCAGGAAUACGCGAGCACACUUUCCCGAGGCGGAGAAACACCAGGAAAAGGCCGCGGGGUCAUGAGGCAAGCAAAGCGAUUUAUUCUUGCCUGGUCUGUUAGAGAAAUGGCUCUCAUCGAACACGUCAAGCAAAACUUUCUGAUGGGCAUUGAGGGAAUUGAGGUCUCAUUUUGGUACACAGGUGAGACCAGCGCUGUGCAGCAGAAGGAGGUUCCCCUGCACGAUGCCGGAAGCUUGAAGACCGCGGGAGCAUCGCCGACGCACGGCCGGAUGGACAUUGAGGCCGUGAUAAGAUCUUCUGUGGAACCUGGGCAUCACACGACUGUCUUGGUCUGUGGCCCUGGUGCUAUGGCCGAUGCAGCUGCGAAAGAGGUGGUCCAGUGUGUGAAGAACGGCUCAAGCGUGGACAUAGUAGAGGAGGCCUACGCAUGGUAA